AUGACGAUUGUUAAGCCUUUUGUUCAUGUAUUUUUUUUGUUUUUAAUUUGCACAACCGACAAUGUAUGUAGUAGAAGGCUUGUUAGCGAGGAGAAGACAUCCGUUGUAAUUCCUAACUUGCUUAAUACUGUUAGACAACUUCUUAUCUUGUUGAGUAACGUCAUUACUAAUGUGGACAAUGUUGAGGAUGUUGGUAAUAUGGGACUGAUAUCUACGUUUCAGUUCUUAGAGAAAAUUCUUCAACGAUUGCAGGGAAUCCUUCAAGGGCUCAAUGUCAGGGAUAUAGUAACGCCUACAGGAGGGUUCAUGGGUGAUACUAGAGAAAGGACAAAUUUUGAGCUUAACAAUGGAGGAGGAGGAGGAGCUGGUGUUGGUGCCAUACCUGGAGGUGGAAUUUAA